UGCGCCGUACAUCCAGCGUAUGUUUUUCUACCCCCAUACACAGCCCAAACAAAAAAAAAGCACAAACGCUCAAUAACAAACGUGACUAAUGGAAAGAAGCUGCGUGGUUUUUAUGCGAUAGUUUUCUGGCAACAAGGCAAAGACAAAAACACACGGUGUCUGAGUGUCCAGUCGUAGGUUCACCGGCUGCGGAAUCCGGUUACUAACAAAGGCCGAAUAAAGUGAUUAAUUUGCGAAGCGAACUAUCCCCGGAUUACCAAAAAGCUCUUCCAUCCGUGCAAAACCAAAAACCCACCCCAGUUCCCCGUUUGCUUCGUUCGGCGUGCAGCAUAUUUUAGUGGAGCCGAGGAAAAGCGAUCACCACUGCUGCUGAAAUCGCCGGAGGUGAACGGCGGAUCAGAAGAGGAGGCAGCAGCAGCAGCAGCAGCAUAUAUUUGGUGGUGUGGUGCAGCUGUAUCCGAAUGCAUUAGAGCAGGGCCGGCUCUCCCACGAAACAAACAACGAAAAAAAUAAGGCCUCCGGAGGAAACAGAGAAGAACAUAACGAACGAUAACAACAACGGCCACCAUCUACCAUCAGAAGUCCUGGGUGUUGUGGGGCCCGCGAACGAUUUAGCCACGAGUUGGUAGCCGCAACCGCGGUGGUUGAUGCUGUUGCUGCUGGUGCUACAAAAGCCAGAGCUGCAAGUUUAGCCCCACCAUCAUCAUCAUCGUUCUUUUCAUCUUAAACGGCCCAGCUCUCGGUGCGGUUGCUGCACCCGACGACGCGAUUCGUUCGCUCGCCAUCGACCAGGUUCGUUCAUCCGGUCGUGGCAGUUGAGCCGGUGCGGGGUGGUAGGGGGGGGGGGGGGGGGAGAAGGUGGGAGAGACCAUCGAAGCACACAGGUCCGCCUGCCCGAACCGGACCGGACGCAUUCACGCACGGUUCAGUUAUGUUUCAGCGCUGUUGAGAGGCGGAGGCAAUGUACCGCGAGUCGGCCGGGAAGCAAGCGUUCCAAGUUGUUGCAGUCGGUGAUCGGCACUGGUGGUAGCUUUCGACGCGUGUUUUGCUGUACGUUCCAUUGCAGGCAGCAUACUUCUGCAGUGGCAGGCCCGUUCCCGUUGUUGUGGCAGCAGCUCGAUCGAUCUGAUCAACCAACGUCUGGCCGUCGUACAGAGGAGGAUCGCUCGCACACACCGUCGUAACGCUGUGUUUGCGUUGGAAAGCUGUGGCUGUGGCUGUGUGUGUGUGAGUCUGGUAUAGAAUUACCUUGUCGUCAUCGUAAGACGCGGCCAGUAAGCAAACAGCAGACAGAGAGCAGCAUCGGUUAAUAGAACCGUUCUUGUUGUCUACAACAGAGCAGUAAACUCUCUUCGCCCGCGCAGGCUAAUCAACCCGACUGGGGAUCGCGGGGACUUUUUGCGCGUGAAAGUUCAGCUCACUGCGGUGGAAACUGCGCAACAACAACCGCAUAACACCAUUUCAGUAGUGUUGAAGAUCGGACGGGCGGCAGAAAGGUUGGGCCGAACGGAUUGCGGCGCUUUCAUCUUCCUUCCCAAGACGUGCCACGCUCGCCAUCAGGCGGAGACGAUCGGGCGAAAGAAAGCGCCGGCGCAUAAGCAAACAACAAGCUCGGCGAGCACAGGAGCGAGCGCGGAGCAUAAACGCGACGAGAAGAAAACCGUCAGAAAAUCAGAAAGGCAAACGCGCGAGAGGGAAGUAAAGAUCGCAAAACGAUCUAAAUUCGGGCUACUUUCUAUUUUUCCCACCUGCCCAUCCGUCGUCUCACAUCGUGUGACUCGGCGCUCGUCGUCCGUUGCGUUGUUGGAGAACCAGUCGUCUUUCUUACCGGUGGUAGAUCAAGAUCAAGCGAGCACCUUCUACGGUACGGUGGCGUAGAAAGAAAGAAAGACAACAGCAGGGCGAGUCACCACCAAUGCCGACCAGAUCUUCGAUGCACGCCUUUGCUGAUCAUGUUGUGUCGCGUGCGUGUGUUCGAUGAAACUGUAGUGUUGUAGUGGGUUGUUUUGGGUUCGUUGGUUGAUCUAAAUUGCCUGCAUCAUCUUCCAGCGUGUUAUAAGUGCUGGCCAAUUGUUAGUGAUCGUACGUGUGAGUGUGUGAAUCGCGAUCGCGUCCCAUCCGGUGGUCCCUCGUUUAGCGCUGGAUCUCCCGGAAGAAGCGAAACCUUAUCAACGACCACCAAUCGGUCCAAACCUGAGCCCUGGUGUUGUGAUGAUAGCAAAAUCUUUGCCUUUUAAUUAACAACAAACCAUUUAAACACAACGCGUGCAUGGUCGAAUGAGCAGUGACGAAAGAAGGUGAUAACACAGCCCGGCCACUGAAGACUGAAGACUGUGUGUGUGUGUGUGUUGGAAGGACUUUUGCCGUGCCGUUAGGCAAACGCCAAGAAAAAAGCGCAAGCAAGCAAACAACAAACAUUCACGAUGAGUGCGUUCAGUACGUUAGCGUUUUCCGCAGCAGAAAUCACCAACCUGCUUCCGCUGACUGCGGUGAUCGUGUGCAUCGGCGCGACGAUCAUGUUCCUGAUCAAGGCCGCCGUGAUACUUCGAGUGCAGGCCGAUGACGUUUUAAGGCCGUCGAACGUAGCGCAGCAGAACCACAACGUGCAUGUACCGCGCCUGAAAAUGACCCGUGUCCACAUACCGUUCACAUUUCGGCUGCUCGACGCGGGAAACAACUCGUUUGACGAGGUACGCCUAGCGGUGUCCAGUCAGGUGAAGUACUCGCUGCAAGCGUUCUGGGGCGUAUCGAUCCGCGAGCUGCAUGUGUCACUGUGGCGAACGUGGAACGAUCUGCGGGAGGCAUCGAAUGCGCACAUUGUCGAUUCCAGCUACUGUCAGCAACUGGCAACUAACGUAAGAUGCUGUCAACCGCAUACGGAGCACAUCAUCGCACUGCAGUCUCCGAAGCCACCGUUGAUCCUGGGUGCUCCGCCCCGGCUAGCCUACCCGUUGGUGGUGUUUAUGAUCCGGGAAACCGAACCAGAGGAGCUGCUUCAUCCGGAUGAGACGGUAAUACUGGUAAACGUCGUUCAUCUGCGGGAUCCAGUCUGUCCACUGCCGACGUCAAUUUUGGCCCAGUACUUGAAACAGGCAAGCGGUCAACUAUCAUGCUUGAAGCAACUGUAUCUAGCGACCGGUGAUCCCAUGACAUCCGAUGAAGCAGCCACCUCUAAUAGCGCCAACGGUGGAGCAUCUACCGGAAACGGUGGAGCUGGUGGUGGCACCACAGGAACAGCCACCGUCCCAACCGGAACGUUGUCGCUCGCGGAACCGGUAGCCUGUGCCGGCAAUAAUGAGCCGCUGCUCUGUUCGGAUUCCGCGCCACGAGAUUGUCCCGUGGGCGAGCAGCUGUGCGUUGUGUGCCAUUACUUUCCACUUUCACGAGCGCUGCUACCGUGCCGACAUACGUGCAUCUGCGCAGUUUGUUUCUCCAAACUGGACCGGUGUCCCAUGUGUCGGGCGACGAUAACGAGCUACUUCUGCAUACGAACCGAGGAAUAUUUGCCGGCCAACACGACGGGUGAGCUGAAGGUCAACGGCAAACCGAAGGGAACCGUUCACUGGCUGGACGCGCUCAACGAUCGGCUUACCGAUUUUCUCGGCUUUCGGUGAAGAACGGUGCAGCAGGAGGCGCACCGUAUGCGUGCGGGAUGAGUUAGUAGUAUUAGCGUUGUGCCGGUCGUAUCUUACACAUCCGUCGCGAUUUCGUCCACGAAUAUUUCGUCUGGCUCAGUGUCUUCCGGCAGCAGGGGACAGGCAGGGACAACCAAAUUGGACACACACCGCAUUGUGUUUAAGAGAUGGGAAAAGCUAUAGUUGAAAAAGUAAUGGGGGGGGGGGGUAUAAAGUAUGAAAAUGAUAUAUUAAGUAUUAGUUACACAUGAUUCGUACGUUCGGCGGUAAAGUUUCGCGUUUCCGGACCACACUCUCCCCUCCCCGCAAAGUCAGGCGUUGCUAGUGGCAUAGAUAAGGUGGGAUCGUUUAAAGGUGAUAAGGGAAUGAAAUUUGUUGGGGCAGACGCUGUGCUGUGGAGAUCUAUGCUACCGAUCGUUUGUGAAAUUUCGAACUGGGGUCGUCGUUUCAAUAAUUGGUCCACAACUUUUAUUUGAGGGGUUUUUUUUUGUUUCUGCAUGCGAACUAUUCUAGCGAACGGUUGUUUCGAUAAGGUUUAUUUCUUUAGCUGUGAUUUUUAAAAACCGAAACGUAAGUGAUGUGAGUGUGUGUGCGCGCGCGAAUGUUAGCAAAAGCGAAACGAGAGAAUCGAAAAUCUUUAUCUACGGAUGACUGAUUUGUGUUUUAAAUAAAGAUUUAUUAAACGCUGUGAA